UUCAUUAAAUGCUUACAGGACGGAUGAGCAAGGCAUCGGUAUGAAGAUCUAUCAAGGCAUCGUGAUCACCUUGGAGGUGAUCGUGCUCAUCAUCAAGAUGUACGCGACCUGGUUCUACAGCAUCUACAAGUUCUUCGUACCCCCAGAACCUAAAAGCGUCAAGGGGGAAAUUAUACUUAUAACAGGCGCCGGCCAUGGUAUGGGACGAGAGAUGGCGUUAAGUUUCGCUAAGCUUGGAGGCACUGUGAUAUGCGUGGACAUAAAUCCCACCGGCAACCAGGAAACAGUGGACAUGAUCAAGGAGAAUAAGGGGAAAGCGCAUAGCUAUCUCUGUGACGUAACCAGCCGAACAUCAAUCAACGAAAUGGCGGAGAAGAUUCGCAAGGAAGUCGGCGACGUGACCAUGCUCAUCAACAACGCUGGUGUGAUGCCCUGCAAGCCGUUGCUCCAGACUGGCGAAAAGGAGAUACGUAUUGCGUUUGAAGUUAACUGCCUGGCGCAUCUUUGGACUCUCCAAGCUUUCCUCCCCGCAAUGAUGGAACGCAAUCACGGUCACAUAGUCGCCAUGUCUUCCAUGGCUGGCGUCAUCGGUCUCCGCAACUUGGUGCCAUACUGUGGCACGAAGUUUGCUGUGCGUGGUAUGAUGGAAGCCAUCCACGAGGAAUUGAGAGAGGACCCCAAAGACUACAGUGGAAUCAAGUUGACCUGCAUCUGCCCGUACAUCGUGGAUACCGGCCUCUGCAAGAACCCCAAGAUAAAAUUCCCGUCACUGUUGAAGAUCCUAACACCGCAAGAGGCUGUGGAGAACAUCGUUGACGCCGUCAGGAGAGACUACCAGGAGAUAACCAUACCAAGCUCCCUUUACUAUAUUAACCAGAUGUUCCGGAUAUUCCCCCGAUCGGUACCUCUUCACAUCAAAGACUUCCUGGACUCGGGUUUGGAGGCGCAGUAAUGAUAACUUUACUUUAGAGACUAGAAUUUAUCCAUGUGAUCAAAAGGGACCAUUGAAAUUAAAAAAAAUGUAUCAUGA